AUGUCCGGCGCGGCGACCAACACGCGCCCCUCCCUCGCGAACGCCGCUCCUCGCUUGGGCUCCAUCUCGCUCCCUAGACGGGAAUCUCAGGUCGUGCCUGACGCACCUAUCACUCCGCCCCUUUCCCCCGGACACAGCGAGCUCAGCAUCGACGACGUAGAGAUGGUUGAUCGCGUACUUCCAUCCCCCGGACCGGCACACCACCAACUCCAUCAGCCCACCCAGCAUGAUAUGCAGGUCGACGAGGAGCGGCCUCAGCCCCCCCUCCGCCUGCUUGAAGACGAAAAGGUGCAUCUGCAAAAAGUCGGCAUCAAGCUCACGGACUUCGAGGUUCGGGGGACCCUUGGUACGGGCACGUUUGCCCGCGUUCUCAUCGUCCGACAUAGGGGGCGCGAGUCCAACAACUACUUCGCGAUGAAGGUCCUCCGCAAGAGCGAGAUCGUGCGCCUGCGCCAAGUGGAGCAUGUGAACGCGGAGCGCUACAUCCUCUCCCGCAUCCAGCACCCCUUCAUCGUCGACCUCUUCGCCACCUUCCAGGACAGCCUGAAUGUCUACAUGCUCAUGUCCUACGUCCCCGGCGGUGAGCUCUUCACCCACCUCCGCCGCGCCCAGCGCUUCACCCCCGACGUCACGCGCUUCUACCUCGCCACCAUCAUCCUCGCCCUCCGCUACCUUCACUCCUUCAACAUCAUCUACCGCGACCUGAAGCCCGAGAACCUCCUCCUCGACUCGCGUGGCUACCUGCGCCUCACCGACUUCGGCUUCGCGAAAAUCGUCGACGACCGCACGUGGACACUCUGUGGUACGCCAGAGUACCUCGCCCCGGAGAUCAUCCAGUCCGACGGUCACGGCAAGGCUGCAGAUUGGUGGGCCGUCGGCGUGCUCUGCUACGAAAUGCUUGUCGGUUAUCCCCCUUUCUUCGAUGAAUCGCCGUACGGGAUAUACGAGAAGAUCCUCGACGGACAUAUCCAUUGGCCGCGUAGCAUGGAUCCGCUGUCGAGAAGCCUCAUCCGCGCCUUUUUGAACCCCGACCGCACCAAGCGACUGGGUAACAUGAUUGGCGGGCCACAAGACGUCCUGGAGCACCCGUGGUUCCGAGGUGUAGAUUGGGACGCUUUGGAGCGAAGAGAGAUCAUGGCGCCGAUAAUUCCACAUACUUCCUCCGGCGACGAUACUCGACAUUUCCUACGCCUGCCGCUCCCGCCCGCAGAAGACAUGCCAGGCCUCUUCCACGAGGAGCAACCGCCCGCGCUCGAACAGCGCUUCGAUCCCACUGCAUAUCAGUUCCUCGAGUUCUGA